AUGCUUAUGCCAUUCUAAUUUUAACCAGAACAAGUAUGAAAUUGCUCAGCCCAGAGUGGAUAACGCGUCGUCGUUUUGUGCACUAAAACCCUAGAUCCCGUCUCUCCUCCCUCCACAGUAACGAAUCAAUCGAAAGGAAAAAAAAAAGAGAGAUGGAGUCCCCAAAGGAGCAGAGCUCGUACACCGUUGAGCAGCUCGUCGCCGUCAAUCCCUUCAACCCCGAGAUCUUACCUGAUCUCGAAAACUACGUCAACGAGCAGGUUACGUCGCAAACGUAUAGCCUGGAUGCAAAUCUAUGCUUGCUUCGUCUCUAUCAGUUUGAGCCUGAGCGCAUGAACACUCAUAUCGUGGCUCGAAUCUUGGUUAAGGCUCUUAUGGCUAUGCCAGCUCCAGACUUCAGCCUUUGCCUCUUCUUGAUUCCCGAAAGAGUGGUAACGCAUCUUCUUUCACUCUCGCUUAUUCGUUGUACUGGAGAAGAUUCAUGGAGUUGUUUUGAAUUGUGUUUGCAGCAAAUGGAGGAGCAGUUCAAGACACUCAUUGUUCUCUCUCACUACCUUGAGACUGGGAGGUUCCAACAGUUCUGGGAUGAAGCUGCCAAGAACCCUCACAUUCUUGAGGCUGUUCCAGGUUUUGAGCAAGCUAUCCAAGCGUAUGCAAGUCACCUUCUUAGCUUAAGCUACCAAAAGGUUCCAAGAUCUGUGCUUGCCGAGGCUGUCAACAUGGAUGGUGCAUCUCUAGACAAGUUCAUUGAGCACCAAGUGGCUAACAGCGGAUGGAUUGUAGCGAAGGAAGAUGGAAGUAUCGUCUUACCGCAGAACGAAUUUAACCAUCCGGAGCUGAAGAAAAACACAGGUGAGAAUGUUUCCUUGGAACAUAUUGCUCGCAUCUUCCCCAUCCUUGGUUGAACCAGUUUAUGAAGACUCUUUUGAAAUUUUCCUUUUUGUCUCCCUGUCUUUUCAUGUACUACAACACUGUAAUGUGAUCUUUGCAUUAACCAUUAUAAGUAGUUGCUCGA